CCAAACUCGGUAUAGGAACAGUGGAAGGAAACAAAAAUGUUGUUGUGACUUGUGAGUGCUAACCCGGAAGAGAGGAAGAGAUGAAGGCGGAGACGUGGACUUUGAUUCUUGUGAAUCUGGCGGGGAUCAUGGAGAGGGCCGACGAGUCUUUGCUGCCGGGUGUGUACAGAGAGGUGGGUGCGGCUUUGCACACCGAUCCCACGGGUCUCGGCUCCCUCACUCUUUUCAGGUCCAUUGUACAGUCCGCUUGCUACCCAGUCGCCGCCUACCUGGCUACCCGCCACAACCGUGCCCACGUCAUCGCCCUCGGUGCCUUCCUCUGGGCCGCCGCUACUUUCCUCGUCGCCAUCUCCUCCACUUUCACUCAGGUGGCCAUAUCCAGAGGUUUGAACGGGAUUGGCCUGGCACUAGUUGCACCCGCAAUCCAGUCCCUUGUGGCUGACUCAACUAAUGAUAGCAACCGUGGUAUGGCCUUUGGAUGGCUUCAACUAACAGGCAACCUUGGUUCAAUUAUUGGUGGACUCUUUUCAGUAUUGAUAGCUCCGAUAACCUUCAUGGGAAUCCCUGGUUGGAGAAUUUCCUUUCACCUAGUUGGGAUAAUCAGUGUUAUAGUAGGUGUUUUGGUCAGUCUUUUUGCUCAUGAUCCACACUUUUCAGAGAGUGUUACAGAAGUUAGAGAUCCAGUUCCAAGUAAAUCUUUUUUUUCAGAAGUGAAGGACCUGAUUCUGGAAGCAAAGUCAGUUAUCAAUAUUCCAUCUUUCCAGAUUAUUGUGGCACAAGGUGUCACUGGUUCAUUCCCUUGGUCAGCUUUAUCAUUUUCAGCCAUGUGGUUAGAGCUUACUGGCUUCUCCCAUGAGAAAACUGCAUUCCUCAUGGCCCUGUUUGUGAUUGCAAGUUCCCGGGGCUUAUUUGGUGGUGGUAUGGGAGAUGCCCUUUCUACUCGCCUUCCAAAUUCUGGAAGGAUAAUUCUAGCACAAAUAAGCUCGGCAUCAGCUAUUCCUCUAACAGCAAUUCUUCUACUGGGUUUACCCAAUGAUCCGUCAACAGUAGUCCAUGGUUUCCUCUUGUUCAUUGUAGGCUUCUUCAUAUCCUGGAAUGCUCCAGCUACCAACAAUCCAAUUUUUGCAGAGAUAGUUCCUGAGAAAUCCCGAACAAGUGUCUAUGCUCUGGACCGAUCUUUUGAGUCCAUAUUAUCGUCAUUUGCUCCUCCUGUAGUUGGGAUGUUGGCUCAGUAUGUUUAUGGCUAUAAGCCAGUUCCCACAGGAUCCAGCAAAUCCGACGAGAUUGCCACAGAUAGAAGGAAUGCUGCAUCAUUGGCCAAGGCACUCUACACAGCAAUAGGAAUUCCAAUGGCGUUGUGUUGUCUUAUCUAUUCAUUUCUCUAUCGCACCUACCCAAGAGACCGGGAACGUGCCAAGAUGGAAGUUCUGAUAGAAUCAGAGAUGCAGCAAAUAGAAUUGGAUAAUUCGCCUACGGGUGGAAGAUUUUCUCAAGUUCGGUUCUUGGAGUCAAGAGAACCAUAUGUUCAGGAAAGAAUUGUUAUUGAUGUGGAUUACGAAGAGGAGAAUGGCUUUGAUCUUGAUGACGACGACAAAACAUUGCUUCACCACCAGUUGACAUUUUCCAAUAUAGGUGAAUAGAAAUCCCAGCUAGCAGAAGCGGGUGGAAUUUCCAAAGGCUUCACUCCAUUGGAGAAGCUCGCCUCAUGGCUGAAUUUCAACGUUUUUUUGUGACCUUCUUUCAGCGUUUUGAUGAGAGAUGCAUGUUCCAUUCACGCACAUGAAUACUAUAAAUACCAAAAAAAAGCCACGUAACAGUAUUGUUCUGAUAUUCUCCAAUCAAAGUGCACCCUGAAGGAAAGGUCGUUGACCAGAACUAGUGAAAGACCCUCAUUCUAGGCUGACACGAAUGAUAUUCACAGGUCAAUUUAUUUUAUUUUUGGGUUCUGUAUAAUUCCCCCUUUUGUACACACCAAACAACAACAGAGUAUAGUUUGUAGCAGAAGAUGUCAGUGGACAGCUUCUUUGCUGUUCUGUCAUUCA